GCUGAACAUUAAUAUUAACAAACUUAUGUUUUUUUUAGAUGGGUAAGCCAUCCCAAAAUAGCUCAAAUGUUAGAGCUCAAUGGCCAUCAAGAGUAACAACUAUCUUUUGCGAAGCUUGUGUGGAUGAGGUAUUUAAGGGUAAUCGACCUAAUACCCACUUUAGUAAAAAGGGUUGGACAAAUAUUAUAGCAACUUUUGAAAAGAAAACUGGAAAGGAAUAUCCUAGGUCGAAGUAUAAGCAUAAAUGGGAUAGUUUGAAGAAAGAUUGGGUACUUUGGAAUAAGUUGAAGGGAAGUGAAACUGGAUUGGGAUGGGAUGCAGCCAAAGGAACAAUAGCUGCAACUGAUGAGUGGUGGGAGAGGAAACUAAUGGAGGUUCCUGAAGCUGCAAAAUUUCGAGAGAAAGGUUUGGAGAAUAUUGACUUAUUAGACAUUAUGUUUAAGGACAUUGCGGCCACAGGAGAUUUAGCAUGGGCCCCCACUUCAAGUGUGUUACCUGAUGAUCUUGAGACACCUAAGGAGGGGUUAGGUGAUACUUCUGCUGACUCAUCUUCUCCAAAUGGUGAUGAUGACAUUCAUGAAGAUGAGACUCCUAACCCCACACAACCACCUAACCCAACACAAAAAAAAGGAAAGAAGCGAGUUUUACCAUCAUCCACACAGAGCAAAGGGAAGAAAGGAGGAACGGCAUUACAGUUGACACAACAACUUAGUCGUAUCUGUGAUGUUGUGGAGUUAAGGAACUCAGCUUUUUCAGUGGAGCCAAGUAGUACUAUUCGUAAUGUCAUGGAACGCGUGUGCACCUUAGAUGGCAUUGAGAAGGGUUCUGAACUCUACCUUAUGGCAGCACGUAUUUUUCAGAAACGAGAGAAGAGAGAGAUGUUUGUCGUGAUGGAAGAACCAUAUUUACAACUUCAGUUUCUGCAAGAGGAGGCAAGAUUGUUAGGAGGGCACUACUUUGGCACUUAGGGCGUUUUAUGUUUUAUCCUUUGAAUAAUGUUUUAUGGAAGAGAGAGAUGUUUUUCAUGGUUUGUUGUUUUAUCCUUCGAAUAAUGUGGUUGUUAGGGCGUUUUAACUUGUUGGGCUGUU